AUGAGUUAUCGGCCGACUACACGGAGUAAAAAUAAGAGGCAAAGACCGGACGAUAGUGCUGCUGCCACUUGUAAAAUUUUCAGGAGAAUUCACACAACUGGCCUAGUGACUGAAGAUGAUGCAAGUCAACUAUACAUGACUUGGACGCCUGUUUGUCAAGGUUGUCGUGUAAAUACAAAAGACAACCCCAAUUGCUUUUGCGGAUUGAUUCCUCCUCCCAAUGGAAAUCGAAAAGCUGGGUUAUGGCAGAAGAUGUCAGAGAUUGUUCAUUCGCUCGGUCAUGACCCAUCAAAGGACCUUCGUGCUUCCCCUGACUCACCUGCUGGCCUCACUAAUCUGGGAGCGACAUGCUAUGCCAAUAGCAUACUCCAGUGCCUGUACAUGAAUAAGGCAUUUAGAAAAGGUGUUUUUUCUGUUGAACUGGAGGUUUUGAAAGAACAGCCUGUGUUGAAUCAACUUGCCCGACUUUUUGCACAGCUGCAGGCUAGCACAAUGGCUUUUGUUGAUUCUGCUCCAUUUAUUCAAACUCUGGAGCUAGAUAAUGGUGUACAGCAGGAUAGUCAUGAGUUCCUUACCUUACUUUUCUCUUUACUUGAGCAAUGCUUGAGCUGUUCUACAGUUUCCAAAGCCAGAUCAAUUGUCCAAGAUCUUUUCCGAGGAGGUGUGUCACAUGUGACAAAGUGCUCAAAAUGUGGAAAUGAGUCUGAAGCUUCAUCAAAAAUUGAAGACUUCUAUGAGCUGGAGUUGAAUGUCAAGGGCUUGAAGAGCUUAGAAGAGAGUUUAGAUGAUUAUUUAAGUGUUGAAGAGCUUCAAGGAGAUAACCAAUAUUAUUGCGAGUCAUGUGCUUCUCGAGUUAAUGCUACUAGGAGUAUUAAGCUGCGGUCACUGCCUGCUGUUCUUAAUUUCCAGCUCAAGAGAUGUGUUUUCCUUCCAAAUACUACAACGAAGAAGAAAAUCACUUCGGCAUUUUGUUUUCCUGGUGAACUUGAUAUUCGACACUGGCUUUCUGAACAUUCUCAAUCAGACUUAAUAUAUGACUUGUCAGCCGUAUUGAUUCACAAGGGGUCUGCUGUAAAUAGUGGCCACUACAUAGCCCAUAUUAAGGAUGAGAAUACGGAGCUUUGGUGGGAAUUUGAUGAUGAACACGUCUCAAACUUAGGGCGACACCCAUUUGGUGGAGGUUCUUCUCUUCCUGCCGAUAAACUUGUUCAAAUGGAGCCCAUUGUCCAUCCAUCUGGCUGUGAUCCAAUGGAUGUUGUGAAUGGAAAUGACGUAGAUGUUUGCCAGCAGCAAUCUUCAGAUUCUAAUGUUGUUGGUCAUGUACAGACAUUCUCAUCAAGUGAUGCAUAUAUGCUGAUGUAUAUUCGUAGGCUUCCAAAGAAUGACAGUGGAAAAGCACAAAUGGGGUCUGAUGGAAAUAAAAGGUUACGAGAUGGUGAUGCGGUUAAUCCACCGACUGAUGUUUUUCUUCCAUCUCAUCUUUCUGAAGAUUUAAGAAAAUUGAAUGCAUCAUACCUUGAGUCUUGCAAACAAUACCAAUCAAAGAAGGAGCUAGAAUGUAAUCACAUUUUAGCGCGGCGACAGGAGGUACGAUCUAUUCUUUUUGAAGCCCCGGUUCAAGUGCCCGGGGAACCAUAUUUUUGGAUUGCCACAGACUGGUUUCGUCAAUGGGCUGACAACAUCACUCCAGUUGCUAUUGACAACACCCCUAUCCAGUGCUUGCAUGGAAAGGUCCCAGUUUCAAAAGUUGGCUCCAUGAAGCGGUUGUCAGCCAAAGCUUGGACCAUGUUAUCCUCCAAGAAUGAGGGGGGGCCCACAUUGUCCAAAGAUGACUACUGCGUUGAUUGCCUUUUUGAGAAGGCAUGCAGUAUGGUGCGUGCUGAUGGGUAUAGGGAUCAAAGAACAUUGAUGAAAGAACUUGCGGAGGCAGCACUUGCGGGCAAGUGUCUGGAUGGAAAGCUGUACUAUGUGUCUAAGGCAUGGUUGCAGCAGUGGCUCCGCCGGAAAAAUGUGGACUCUCCCUGUGAAGCUGAUGCAGGACCAACAGCUUCAAUCAGGUGCCCCCAUGGGCAACUUAUGCCUGAGCAAGCUGCUGGUGCUAGGCGUUUGCUGGUUCCUGAGCAUCUCUGGCUUUUCUUUUUCGAAAGUGCUAAUGCCGUAAAUACUAAUGUUACUAUGGAUUGUGCAACUUUUCCUUCAGACUCUGAGCCAUGUGUUCAAUGCAGUAUGGAACUUACCGAAGUGGCUUCCUUGGAGGAUAAUCUUAGAGACUUCAAGUUGAAACAACGGCAGAUGCAUGAGAAAUUAGCUUUUGGAAGAAGUAUACAACUUUAUGCCCAUAGCAGAUACUAUUUGUUGCCCUCUUCAUGGCUGUCAAAAUGGAGAAGCUAUGUCACUGCUGGUGGCAAGAGUGCUGCUGCUUUUGAAGAACCAGAAACUUUGAAUAGUGUCAUUGAUUUACUGAAAUGUGAAAAGCACUCAAGACUUCUUGAAAGGCCUCCUGAGCUCAUUUGGAAACGUGGUUUGAUUCUCCAACAGGUGCCCACUGUAAGUGUGACACAUUUCUGA